CUCACAGAUUCACAUCAAACCGACGAAAGAGUUUAAGAAACUACAAGAAGUGCAAAUGCAGCUGUGUUCAGACAGAGGAAAGACGCAUUCCGCGCACGAUGGACUCUCUCUCAGAUCACCCUAUCAGGUGCAAAACCACUGACAGGUUUCCACCCACCACCAACCCAAAACCCCUCAGUGCGCUCCAACCCUCCUCGGCACACAGACAGACAGUCCCGUCCCAUCACUCAGCGCUCUUCCAGGAUUCGCACAGGAUUCUGUGCGUCUUUUAUGUAGCUACAAACGACUUGGAUAACAGUGAAGCAACAACUGAAGAAGAAACUUAUGAACGUAACUCAUUUAUCCCGACAGCUUGGACUUGUUAGGAACGUUUUCCUUCUCCAAACAAUGGGCACGGGAAGUUUGGAAUGAUCCACAAGGUGUGCACUUUCAGGUUACUUCGGCAGAUGCGAACGGAAUUUAUAUUUUUAUAUCGCAUACUGGAUCAAGAAUAAGCAUUUAAGAUCGCGGAUUGUUCACUGAGGAGGAGACACCGCGCUUUCUGACCAAUUCAAUCUUUGCGCGCUUUGGCGAGAGAGCGCAGCGCGCGCAGACCGCGGAGGAGCGGCGACACCACGGGGAAGACACUGAUUUGCGUUGAUUCAUAUCUUUUUCAAACAAGUAAGAGCCUCAUGCUGCUUCCAGCGGCAGAUUUACACUUCCUUUAUCUCUCUUUUUCUUGGGAUUGCACCUCUCCUCCGGGAUUUUGUGUGUGAGACGGUGGCAGGGCUCCGCGCGGCACUUACUGAAGCGGCAAACGCUGGAAACAGGUGUAUUUGACCAAGAUGUCUGUUCUGCCGUCAAGGUUCAUAUACGUGUGUUUACAUUUUCUGGUCCUCUACUUCCAGUUGCAGGAAUCUCACCAGAGUUCCGCAGACUUCCGGUUCUACAUUAAGAACCAAACCAGAGACGACGUGAGUCGGAAGCAGGUGCGGAUAUAUCAGCUCUACAGCCGAACCACUGGGAAACACGUGCAGAUCCUGGGCAAGAAGAUCAACGCCAAUGGAGACGAUGGGGGCAAGUACGCUCUACUUGUUGUGGAGACGGAGACAUUCGGGAGUCACAUUAGAAUAAAAGGGAAAGAGAGCGGAUACUACAUCUGUAUGAACAAGAAUGGCAAAAUUAUUGGAAAGCCCAAUGGGAAUAACCAAGAGUGCGUCUUUGUGGAAGAAUUUUUGGAGAACAACUACACGGCGCUGGUGUCAGCCAAGUACAAAGGCUGGUAUUUGGGUUUCAACCGAAAGGGUCGACCCAAGAAAGGAUCCAACACCACGCAAACGCAGCAGGAAGUGCAUUUCAUGAAGCGCCACCCCAAAGGAAAAGCGGACCCUCUGGAGGAGUUCCGUUUCACGACGGUAACGAAACGGACACGAAGGGCACGACGUUUAAAACCCAACCCCAAAACGAACUGAGAAAGUGAGGAUGAGUACGCACUGCUCCCUGAGGACACAACACGGUUCUUUUGUUACAAACACCUUAAUCUAAUCCGAAACGAGAGAAGGAAGAAGACACAAAUAAACAAUGGCUACGGAAAAGAGACAAAAUCUUAAAAAAUUGUUGAAAGAUGUUUUAUUUUUAUAUUUUGAUAGAAAAUGUCAAGUUUCUCCCAGCUGUUGAAUGUGGGUCUUUUUUUAAAAUGUAAUAUUGGCGUCUGUUAUUUUAUUUAUACUGGAUUAACUAAGGAUGACCUAUAAGGUACUAGUGUCUCCUGCUUUGACACGAUUAAAACUCCGGAAGAGCGACAAGAGCAAACCUCACCACCUGGGAAACCUUUUAUUUUCAUUUGUGUUGCCCCCAACAACAAGGAUCCUGUACUUUCCACUGAAAUAAGAGCUGUCAUGGAGACGCAACGAGAGAGCGAUAACAGAGUCAUGUGACCUUUGCAGGCCUCCAUAGGUAAACGUGAAGCUUUGAGUGCAAUAUUUUGAAGAGCCUCUCUGUCAGAUGCCUUUCUAGUCUGAACGGACCCCAGGCCUUCUGUUGGGCCAAAUGCGCAGAAUGCUUCAAUAUUUUUUUCUGUUUUCUGUGAUUCAGCUUAGAUCGAUGUACUUUGACUAGCCAGAUAUCAGCUUUAACUGUGGUAGUAGUGAGUGUAGACCACCAGACGUGAGCCUGGAUAUGGAUAAGGUUUGGGGAAUUGCCCUAAUGCUCUACAUUUGGGUCAUGCAUACAUGCUGGUUAUGCGUAACCCUAAGUGUUAGCUACCAAAAUACGUUAUGCAAAACCCAUUAUGAUGCAUUGUUCUUAACGUCCCAGACACUCAACAAGUGUCGGAUUUUGACUACUUUCAGGUCAUUCAGCCAAUGAAAUCAGUCCGCCUGACAAUCAGUCAUGUCUUUUGUGUUCUAGAAUGCUUUCUCUCAGUUCUAAAUGGUUUGAGACUACAGACGCUGGACUCCAGCCACUGUUGGUGAGGUUGACUCUCCAUAUGAGUCUAGCUGUAGUAUACACUCGUCUAUAUACUCAUCGUCUGUCAGACAUUACUAACGAUCAUGCCACUCGUACGAUUAAAUAAAUGUAUGCAAAAAAUAAUAAUUUUAUUACUAUUAUAAAAUAUUUAUUGCCUUUCUCUGUAAAUAUGAUUUGAUGAAUUUAUUUGACCUCUGUUAAUAAUAAUAAAAAGAGGACUAUAUAUGGAAAA